ACCCCUUUGAAAGAUUUCAUAAAUCUCCCAAAACCAAAGCAUAAAUUUUCUUCCUUUUUUCCCCAAUUUCUUCAUAAUAAAGUGAUAAAAAAAUAAAAUAAAAUUGUUAAUCUUAAUCUCUUUUUAAUUACAAAAUCAAAUUGGCAGAUAAGAAUGUUCCCUUUCCAACGAAGCUGUGAGUUGUCCUUCAAAAUUAGUGAUGAUGGGGAACAAAGUGAACAAAAUAAUUUGGAAGAUCGGAUUAUGCUUGAAAAUAAUAAUGUUUCUAUUGAGUUAAAUAAUAGUACAAAUAUUACUAAUAAUAAUUCAGGAAGAGGACGAGGCCGAGGCCGAGGCCGGGGACAUAGAUCAUCAUCAUUAGCGGGUGCUAAUAAUGAUGAAAUUGAGAGGAGAAUUUUACAUAGAGAAAAUGAACGUCAAAGGAGACAAGAAAUGUCCAAUCUUUUUAAUUCGCUUCGUGAUUCCCUUCCUGCUGAAUUAGUUCAGGGAAAAAGAUCAAUAAGUGAUCAUGUAGGAGAAGCUAUAAAUUACAUCCAACACUUAAAGAAAAAUGUGAUGGAGCUUGAAGUGAAGAAAAAUGAGCUUAAACAAUCAGUAGAAUCAUGUAACUCUACUCAAGAAAUAGGUGAAUCAAGCAAUACUGGGUUUACAGAAAGCUGUGUGGUAAUCAGACAAUCUGUAGUUGGUUUCGAAAUAGAGAUUAUUGUUCGCUUAGAUGAUGAAGAAUUUUUGCUCUCAAAUGCCCUACAAAUAGUUUUUGAUGAAGGUCUUGAUGUUGUUAGUUUUACUUCAACCAAAUUUAAUGAGAGGCUUGUUCAUAGCUUACAAUGUCAGGUUUUAAUCACAACACAAGUGGAUGUUAAUCGACUUCAACAAAGAUUGCGUGACCUUUUUUGCUGAUUAAAUUCAAAACAAUUCAUGUAUAUAGCUUGUUAGGGCCGGGUUUAUGUAUUCAUUAAUUGAGUUCCAGGUUAAAUUCUUGUUUUGCUUUCAAAAUAGGUCAUAUACACUUUUUUACCCUAGCUAGUUUAACAAUAAGCUUUUCACCGUAAUUGAAGUUGCAGAAGAAGAUAGGAUGUAUGUACGUAUAAGUCUCGCAUGAUUUGCAGAUCUCAAAACAAAUUAUAGUUGAUUUUGAACUA